CCGCCAGAGCAAUGGCUCAAUAAACUCCGUAUUCCCACUUGAUCAGGAACUAUGUCAAUGAAAACCUAAAUAAAAAGUGUUCUUGUGUUAAUUAUAUAGAAAUAUUGUAAUAUUGUAUUACAUACAUAGUAAUAUUAAAAUUUCUGCACCCCUUCUUCUAUAUAAAUGUUAUAACAAAAUCUAUGUUUUUAACCUUAAGUUAAAACUUCUAUCCCUUUAAACGAUGUACCUACUAUAAAACUUCUAUCCCUUUAUAUUCAUCUUUAUAAUAAAUUAUGAGUUUAAAUGAUAAAAUAUAAAAUGUUAACACUCCACUUUGAUUUAACACGUUCGCUGCGGUAAGAGGUCAAUUGACCUCGUACAUCUAGCGGCUUCAAGAGUUACGAGGUCGAUGGACCUCGUACCGCACCACAAAGCUUUAGUGUGAGGUAAAAAACCUCGUACCGCACCAGAGGAAAGUGCAGAAAAAUCAGUGCCGCAGCGAACUUGUUAAUAUGAGUUUAUGGAAGAAGAAGAAGAAGAUAUGGUGAACAAUCCACCAAUUAUUAUAGAAUCAGAUAAAAAUGAGACGGGUUCUACAUUAACGACAUCGCUACUAGCGGGUCUCGGGGCCUGCAAAGUUUUAAGUGGCCCGAGGCCGGUGGCGGACAAGUUACGCGAAAUCGGCCACAAUAUUUCAAAUCCGGCUAUUAUCGACCAACCAACGCCAACACAUAGACGAUGCGACACCAGAAAAUAUAAUUAUGAACCUGUUGUAUGUGACAAGAGAACCCCUGAGUCAAAUACGACGUUAGUAGAACACACACCAGUAGUGCCCCCGGUUAUUAAUACGGUCAUAUCUAAAACCACCGCCAAUACACGUGCUACAUCUAAAAAAGAUAUCGAUAGUGUUGCCGUGUACAAUUUUAGUAGCGAGGAGGAUGACGAGUUUGAAAAGAAGCAAGCUCCUCGCAAAACGGCGAAGAUGACUAAGCCCAUGGGUAUAUCUAAAACCACCGCCAACACAACAGUUGAGAAAUUGGCGUUAUUACCAAUAACAGAUAUGAUCGAAGAGUGUGUUAGAGACUCUACUGUACUACUAAACUCGUCACUUUCAUCUUGUCGUAACGUACCCGCUACUGUCACUAUUGACAACAAACGUGGACAUAAAAGACCGAUAAUAGAAACGAUUGAAGACGAUUCCGAACCCUUAAAAAAAAUAAACAGGGGAAAGACUAAUAUGAAGGACAGGGCAAACACUAGUAUAACUAAGAGCACAGGAACUGACCGUCCACUAUUAGCACUUCAAGUCGAUACCGUUGAUGAGAUGGUUGAAUUAAUUGAAGACAUGGAUGACAAUUGUAAAGUCAAUUUGAACUCGUCGGAUUUGAUAGAAAAUGCACCGGAAGAAGUCGACGAUACUGAGAGUAAUAGUAAUAUAUCAAUAAACAUGCCAGUCGACGUUGUAACAGAUAAAACGUCAGGCAGGAGUACUGAUCAAUCGCUUGAUAUUCAGGAUUGUACACAUCGAUCCGAUGAAGAUAGUGUCCUGCGCACUCGCAGUUCGAAAUCGCAUGAAAAAGGCAAUAUUUCUGCAAAGGAACGCAGCACAAUUAGAAGAGCAAAGAACCAGCCGCAAAAAAGCCGCAAGGAAGCCAAUCGUAAAACGUUAUGUCCGUAUGAGUUGCGGAGUUUCUCGACGCAAAAUAGUACAAACAAAAGGAAGGAUGUCGAACGAGUAGUAAGGUCUACGCCGACCAAGCGAAAACGUGAAGCUAAUACUGCAUCAAAUAAUAAUGUCCACUCCACUACAUCGAGAGCAUGUGUAAUCAGAAACAACCAACUUCAACAAUCUGGAUAUGCUGAACUCAAAGAAGUCGUGUCUUCAAAUUUGAAAAAAAUAGAGACCAAUAUUCAAAAUCUUAGAAAAAAUAAAACUUUGAUGAAACUGCGUAAGAAAAUAAAAAAUGGGGUAAAUAAAUAUCACAGGACAAUACAGCAGCGCCUAAGAAAACAGAAAAUACUUAUGUUGAAAAAAUUUGCUGAAAUGGAAAAAUCAAAUCAUAACGAUGCGAAAAAUAUACUGAAGAAAAUAGAUACAGAAAUAACAAGAGUCAGCUGUAUGGAGACUAAAAAUAUGUCCGAUUUAAUGGAUAUGAAAGAAAAAAUCCUCGCUGAUCUUCGGCAUUUGUGAUUAUUAGCAUCAUUAAGUUAAAAUUAUGCCCUUUUCUGUAAAAUUAAAUUUAUGCUAGUUAAUAAGAUUAUAUUACCUAACUUAUACAGAGUGCUCGGGAAUAAUUUCCAUAACCUCAAGGUGUUGACAAGUAUACUUAUAGGAGCCGAACUGCAUAUUUAUUUUUUUACUAAAAAAAACUUGGACCAUCCAUGUAACACAAAGGAAAAAAAUUUGAGAUUUCCGGUUUAACAAUGCAACAAUUAACAUUGCAACUUGCAAUGUUAAUAGCCCAGUCGGAUAAAAUUGUUAAUUAAUUAAUGGAUAACUUUUUAUAAAGUUGCGAUAAAAAAUUUUUUUCUACGGCAUUCCAUGCUUUCAUUUGUCCUGUAUACGUCUGAAUUAUUUCAAAUUUUAAUAUCAACAUUUAAUAUGUUUAAAUAACAUUUUUCAUUAAAGCGCUCCAAUGGGGCGUGGCUUGCGGAAACGCGAGUACCCGUUUUCGGGCGUAUUUUCAGCUCCCUGUAAAAAUUAUUAAUAUUGGUCCUACAAUUUCGGGAAUCGGGUUUUUUUUAGGAAAUUUCCUACUCUUUUUUGAAUCUUUUUUCAAAAUUUAAAUAUCUCAAAUAGUUUUCGAGAUAUACCCAAAAAACUAAAACCCUUUUUUUUGUUUACUAAUUUGUUAAUAACUUUUGCAGGUUUUUCGAGCGGAUCUUGAAAUUUUUCAAAAACAUUCUAGAUGCGAUCCUGAAUCGAAUGAGCCCUCAACCAUAUUUUUCCGAGACUGUUAAAAAGUUUUGACCAACAAGGCAUUUGUUGACUAGACUAUUACAAAAGAAAUAUUUUUUACUCUGAAACUAAUUAUUUUAGAACACAUGUUCCUCAGACAUUUUUAAUAAUUUUUUCUUAGAGAAUAUACCCUAGAGAACCCUAGAGUUAUGGUAAAUACUCCCGAGCACCCUGUCUGCAUUGUGUUAGUUAGUUAGUUAAGUUGUUAAAGACACGGAAAUAUAUUUCGUUAUACGCUGUGGACGUCUGUUCAUUGGUGUGCACUGUGCAUGAAUGCACCAUAAAUACAAUAGAGUCAAAUAAUACAUAAAGCAUAUGCAGGAAGUUCUCAGAAACAGCUCCGAUUUUGAUGAUUUUUUUUAAAGUCAUGUUUCUUUAUGUUUCAGAAUCAGAAAAUUUUUGGUGCGUGGACGAAAUGAUUUAUAUUGUUAAAAAAUAUCUAUGCUUUUAUUUAAAAAAUAAUUUACCGUAUGCGGAAAACUAAUAAGCGAAAGAAAAUAUAAUAUUUUCUAUCACUUUCGAGGCGGUAUAAAUGGUCUAAUUAAUGAGCCGACAAUCAGUCAUUUACCGUUUUCCUAAAAAUAUUCAAAUUGUACCUCUCAAUAAAAAGUUAUACUUGGUUUUACACUAAAAUUAAUCAAUCGUCUUCUGUUUUCGUAAUGUAAAACCAACUAUAACUUUCUCUUGAGUUGUCCGAUUUCGAUAAUUCUUUUUUUAUUAUAAAGGGUACAUUUCGUAUAUGGUCCUAUAAACAUUUAAGAAAUCAAUUUCAACUCUAAGAGUAAGAAAACAAGAUAUGAUUGAUUGUUUACCCAUUCAUUUUAGUCUAAAACCAAGCAUAACUUUUUAUUAAGUAGUUAGAUUUUAAUAACUCUGAUAGAAAGGGUAUAUUCCGACAAUGGCCCCAUUAUAAGUUUGUGUUUUUAAAGUCGGUAGUGCUUUUUUUUAAUUAUUAAUUACAUAAAUAGCAUAAAUAUUGUUUGAAUAAUAUAAAUCAUUCCGUCCCCACUCCAAAAGGUUUCUGAUUUCAAAUAAUAUCAAGAAACAAACUGAACAAAAAAAAUCAUCAAAAUCGGAGCUGUUUCUGAGGAGGUCGAGAGUAAAUGCUCUGUUGAUUCGCCAACAUUAUAGUCUCGUUACUGUCAUACAAACGUUAUUGUUUACCAGCGGAACUGUUGGCCUAUUUAUAGUUUGCUCUUUUUUGUUUUUUUUUGCUUGUUUAUUGUUUACAUUUAUUGUGUUUAUUAGAGUUUAUGGUAUUUACAUAUCUUGUUACAUUUUUAAAUACUUGUUUUUUUAUAUUUCAAGACUUUUAAUAUGUCAAGACGGCCGCGUGGCGCAGUGGGUAGUGACCCUGCUUUCUGCAUCCACGGCCGUGGGUUCGAUUCCCACAACUGGAAAAUAUUUGUGUGAUGAGCAUGGGUGUUUUCCAGUGUCUGUGUGUAUUUAUACAUUAUAUAAGUAUUUAUAUGUAGUAUACAGGAAGAAAAUUUUUUUAGUGCGGAUAUUUUUAUAUUUUGUACAUAAACAAAAUUUAAUGAUCACGUAUUUUUUCUUUUUUUUUUUAACUCAAAAAUAACAAAAUUAUCGUUAGCUAAAGUUAUUUACUUUUGAACAGAAUUUUAGGGUCACCCUAUUGUGCGUUUAUUUUAUUUUCGUUUGAUACCUAAAGAACGUCACCAGAUCACUUUUAAGCUGAAUAUAUCUUGUUUAGUAAUAAUAUGUACAUUAUUUUGUUAUUUUAGAGACAUAAAUUAAAAAAAAAAUUACAUAAAAUAUAUCGAACUGUUUGUAGAUUUAUAUUCUAUUAAUGAUACAGAACCACGAAAAAAAAUAUCCGCACUAAAGACCGAAUCACCCUGUAUAAUUGUAUAUUAAUAUUAUAAUAUCAACUAUCUUAGCACCCAUAACACAAGCUACUCUGUAUGCUUACUUUGGGGCUAGAUAGUGAUGUGUAUUGUUUAAGUAUAUUUAUAUUUAUUUAGUAUAUUUAUAUUUAUAUUUUAUUUAUUUACAUACCUAGAUAUAGUACCUACUCUUAGACAUAGUUUGUUGGUCAACCUUUAAACAACAAUCAUAUAAUUGUUUAUACUGGCUGGUUCAAAUCAUUUGACAAAAUGUCAUUUACCUUCUGUGUAAUAUCCAGCCGUAAGCGCCGGAUAAAAUUAUUACAGAAUCUCAAAUUACAUAAUAUUAUGUCUACAGUGACAGUAGCAGUGAAUAAGAUCAAGCUUUGACUUUGACUUACAAUGUAUUUUGUUUUCUUUUUAUAUUGUGCAUCUGUUGUGUUUAUUAGAGUUUAUAAUAUAUAAAUAUUUUGUUACUUUCUUAAUUUCUAAUAUUUACACACCUAGAUAUAGUCUAUACAGUAUAUAAAUGAAUCUUAACAAUUAAAAAAAAAGAAAACAAAAAAGGUUCUGGCCGCCCUUCUGAUGUAUUGUCUUUUUUAUAAGUUGCCUAAAUAAAUUUCUGUGCAAUUUACCGGUCAAAUAUAUUAUUAAUGUACCAGUAAAUGGCGUGUACCAAUUUUGGUAUACGAAACUAUAUUAUGUUUCAAACAUUACGUUACUAGUAAGUAAUAAAUAUAUAUUUUUUGCAUGUUAA